AUGCCUUCUCUGUCAAAGUGGUUUUCCGGCUCGAAUGAGAAGCUGAGCGCGCAAACAACGGCAACUACCAUGGUUGAACUGCGCGAGGACUCAUCGUCCCCUGGUGAAAAGAAACAAUCCGAUGAAGCUGCAAGAAAUGAAGGCGGAAACUCGGUUCCGCUCGUUCCAAUGCCCACAGCGGACCCAAGAGAUCCUCUGAACCUCCCUACCUGGCGAAAGAUGGCAGCGCUUGCGUCCCUGUGCCUUUUCGGUGCCAUGGCAGCUGCAGCUGAACUGGUUCUCGGUGCCAUGUUGCCCGUGUUCAGUUUUGAGUACGCUGGUAUUAAUCCGAAGCUGUUGACCAAGGUUCAUCUACCCGAGGGUGUCAACGCGCUUACAAUCCUUGCCGAGUUCCCUGGACCGCCCAUCUGGGAGAUCUAUCUGCUGGCAUCUCUCCCAAUUUUGAUGAUGGGCGCAACCAACAUCCUGCUCAUUCCGCUUGCCAUCGCCACAGGACGCCGUAACGUUCUACUCAUUACUGGCGUUGUCGCUCUGGCAGGCUGUGUGGGAUCCGGGUUCAGUACCUCUUUAGCAACGCAUCUUGUCUGCCGUGUUAUUCAGGCGGUCGGUGCGGGAACUAUCGAAAGUUUGAUCCCGUUCAUUCUCCAGGACAUCAUCUUCUACCAUCAACGCAACGCUGCCAUUAGCGUCGUCUUUGCCACUCAGGGCUUAAUCAUUGUUGCACUAGGUGUGGCGGCACCUUACGUUAUUGGCUACGCCAGUUGGCGAGUCAUCUACUUUGCAACUGCAGGUGCCGGUCUUCUGUUCUGGAUUUGCCUGUUCUUUUUCUUGCCAGAGACGAGAUUCGAGCGUUCAGAGGACGAGAAUAAAGGCAUCCCGGCUGUGCCUCUCCGACCCGGCCAACACCGUCCCGAUCUUGAUCACGUCAGCUAUCCUCCCCGUGCUUGGACGGAUGACAUCAAGCUUUUUCAGUGCAAGGUUGACUGGCGAAGUGGCACUGAUGCUCUUUGGGCCUGCUUUCGCACUUUCUUCUACCCUCACAUGCUUUUCGUCACGCUGUUGAACUCGGCCGUUAUUGCUAUGGCGCUUGCCGCUGGGUACACUGCAGCCCCGCAACUUCUAGCCGACCCAUGGAGUUGGAACUUCUAUCAUCUGGGGUUCUGUUUGUUUCCGCUCAUCAUUGCUGCAGGCGCUUCCUUUCUCAUCUCCGGAUGGGGGGCUGAUCGGGUUGCCAAUUGGAUGGCAAGGAAGAGCGGCAAGCGAAACCCGGAGUUCCAGGCCCUAAACCUGAUUAUUCCUUGUUUCGUCGGUCUUACAGGAUGUAUCAUCUUUGGCAUCUCUGGUGACAAUCCUGCAGAAUAUCAUUGGAUGAUGUUCCUCGUUGGUCUUGGAAUGAUCGGGUUCGCCUUCCUUGCCACAAACACCAUCGGCAUUGUUUACGUGUUGGAAUCUUACCCUCAUCUCACUGGGCCAGCAUUGGUCAACAUUGCAUCUUUCCGUCUCAUCGUGGCCUUUGUGCUCUCUUUCCGUGUCUCGGAGUGGGUUGCAGAGCUUGGAUACCUUAAGACUUUCACCAUGUAUGCUGGGAUUCUGGGUGCCUUCAUCCUCUUCAUCCCGGUUAUCUACCUAUGGGGCGCAAGCUGGAGAAAGCGCUGGCCUGCGCUUCCCAGAAACUGA